CACAACAGUGAGAGGCCCACGUACUGCAAAAAAAAAAAAAGACUUUCUGAUUGCAUCCCCACAGCCUAUCCUCCUUCCCCAGCAACUUGAGUCAUUUCUUCAAUCCCCUUAGGCAUGCUGUAUUCCUGGCCCCUUGUGAGGGACAAGGCUGGGGCACAGGAGCAGCCAGUUCAGCUCCAUCUCUUCCCUCACAGGAACUGUCUCAGAGCCUUGUGAAGGGAACACAGGCUACAAAACAGGGAGGAAGAUGGUUGACUACUUUUGAGGUCAGAUGCAAGGCAUCUGAACAUGAGGCGGAGCCAAGGUUGAUGGCUAGUUGGGCUAAAGGGAAUCCUAGAGUGGCCUCUCCCUAGGGAGGGCCUCAGGUCCUCUAGGCUGGGAAGUCCCCUUCCCUGCAGGUCCAUGUGUUGGGCAACAGUGCCCUCUGCUGGCCUCUCCUGGCAAUAUGUCUUAAGUGUAGUCAGUCUCCAUCUAUCCCAAGUGACAAAUGAGCCACUUUCUUCCAGAUCCCUUAUCCUGGGAAUGCAAACGGGAAGUUAUUCCUCUGCCUUUGGCCUUAAUAUCUGGGUUACUGCAUCAGCCUCCUCACAGAUCUCUCUGACCUCCAGUCCCUUACCCUGAUACCCCCCUGCUCACUCCCCACAGGAUAAAGGAGCUCAAGCUACUUAAUAUGGCUUACAGGCUCCACAUGCCUGGCCCCUGGUGACCUCACUGGCAUUACCUUUUACCACUCCCCUUUCAAACUUAAGAUCACUAGUUUGUUCUAGGGGAAUCACAAAUCCCUUUCAGAAUCUAAAUGCCAUGAACUUCUGCCUUGGAAAUACAUGUGUACGGUUGAGAGGUUGGUUGAAUUUUGCAUAAAGAUUUGUGAGGUUUUCCAAUCCUUGCAGCCCGAUCAUGACCUUCAAGUUAGAACUCCUUUCCUAUUACCUGGCCAUACAGAAGCAACCAGAACUACUGAUGCCUGCCUUCCUCUCCAGGGGUUUGCCUUGCCCAUCCUCCUACAUGAGACCCUUCUCUACCUCCCUCUUAUCCUGAUUCCUGAUCAUUUUUCCGGUCUCAUUUUGGGUGUCCUUUACUCUCAGAAAAGAACCUUCCCAUGGCCCUCCAGGCUGGGGUGGGCAGCUCCCUUGGCUGGACCUCUGGGUCCAUCAGCCCGGCCCACUCAGGGCACUGGUAACACUUGAAUGUGAGUCCCUACCCGUCACGUAGGGCAAAUCAGGACCAAGGUCUCUCCACACCUGAAGAUUCUUCAGGUCCUGGGAGCACAAAGUGGGAAGUUGAGUCUGAUCUCACCACCUAUCUCAUGCUAAGCAGGGACUGGGUGUGAUGACAGAAGCAAGCGACAAGCCUUAGUAAAUAUUCUUGAGGUGGUGAAGAAAUAUGAUAGCCUGGGGUCUAAACCAGAGCCCAAGCCCUCAGAGGCCCUGGAGGGUGGUCAUUCAAAACAUUCAUCCCCAAAUUAAGCAUGCUGGGCUCUGGAGUCACAGCAGUCACAGGGUGAACAAGGCCUUCCCUCUUGAUAGUCCAGUUUCGCAGCGGUUCAAAUUGCGGGGGUGCGGCGUGCCGGAAGAAUCUAUCUGACCCUGGUGCCCUUUUCCUGCCUGGGGUGGGCGGGGCCGGGCGGAAGCACGCAUGCGCAUAGGAAAAUCCAACUUCGUCCCGGAACUUUGGUUCCUGGUGCUGCGGGGCACCCGGCCCCGGGAGUGUGCUCGGCCGGAAGUGGCCGCUGAGGACCUGGGGUGGGUAUGGUGUGCGGAGCCUGCCACAGCACGUAACAAGUCGUAGAGAAUCGGGAUGGAGGACGUAGCGACUGCGACUGCGACGGCGGCGACGGAACCCGGUGAAGGCUGCACGGAGCCCAGUCCUGGGCACUGGGGGGAGCUGAGCUGGACGCCGGUCCCAUCCAGACCCCAGGACAAGGCAGAAGCAGCAGAAGGAGCGCCAAGGGCCCUAGACACUGACCUCUCAGAGGUCGAGGACGCGGCAGUGAGUGCUAUGCUGCACGCCGUGGCGGCCAGCCGCCUGCCCGUGUGCAGCCAGCAGCAGGGCGAGCCCGACCUGACCGAGCAGGAGAAGGUGGCCAUCUUGGGCCAGCUGUACCAUGAGAAGCCACUGGUGUUCCUGGAGCGCUUCCGCACGGGCCUCCGGGAGGAGCACCUGGCCUGCUUUGGCCACUUGCGCGGUGACCACCGUGCGGACUUCUACUGUGCCGAAGUGGCCCGGCAAGGCAGCACCCGACCCCGCACCUUGCGCACCCGCCUGCGUAACCGCCGCUACGCUGCCCUGCGUGAGCUCAUCCAAGAGGGCGAGUACUUCAGCGACGAGCAGAUGCGGUUUCGGGCCCCGCUGCUGUAUGAGCAGUACAUCGGGCAGUACCUGACCCUAGAGGAGCUCAGCGCCCGCACCCCGGCCCAGCGGCCACCCAAGCCCGGUCCCCCCGGCACUCCCGCCUGCCCGCUCUCUGACCUGCUGCUCCAGUCCUACCAGGAGCGGGAGCUGCAGCAGCGGCUGCUCCAGCAGCAGGAGGAGGAGGAGGAGGAGGAGGCCUGCUUGGAGGAGGAGGAGGAGGAGGAGGACAGCGACGAGGAAGACCAGAGGCCUGACAAGGCCUUGGAGGCCUGGGUCCCCGACUCGGAAGAGAGGCUGAUCCUGCGGGAAGAGUUCACCAGCCGGAUGCACCAGCACUUCCUGGACGGCAAGGAUGGGGACUUUGACUACAGCACCGUGGACGACAACCCUGACUUCGACAACCUGGACAUCGUGGCCCGGGAUGAAGAGGAGCGGUACUUCGACGAGGAGGAGCCCGAGGACGCACCCAGCCCAGAGCUGGACGGGGACUGAUGGCUGCGGCGCCCACCCCUUCCCCCGCCCCAGCGAGGCUGCUGGUUACAGGCCAGGCCGGCUCAGUGACUUUCUCUAGGCGACAGCAGGGUGGCUGCCCUAUACCACCAAGCCUCGCUAGGUCUGGUCCCGUCUCCACGGCCCCCUCCCCCUUGCUCUCCAUUUCCUUCUCCCCCUGAACCCUGGUGCCUCUCUCCCUCCUCUCUCCUCUCUCUCAGUCUUUUUCUCACCACCUUUCUGUCUCCUGCUUUCUGUGUCUCUCGCUCUUUCUCCACCUCCCUCUUUUUCCUUUCUGUCUUUCUCUUUCUCCCCCUCUCUCUGUGCCUCAGCCUCUGUCCCCACAGCAGGGCCCAGGAUGAACAUCCUCCCCUUGACCUAGGCCGGUGGGGCCCUUUGUCGCUGGAGCUGGCCAGGUUGACCCAGAGCGGAGCUCCGCCUCUCCCUCCCCAGCCCCGCCUCUGCUCUCCUGCCCCUCUGUGCUUGAGGCUGUCUCACAUGCACCUCCUUGCCUCUGGUACGUUCCAUCUCCUUCGGCCUCCCUCCAUCUUUCGCAGCCUCUGUGCUGGCUCUGUCCCUCUCUGUCUCUCAGGCUUUAUCUCUGGGUUUCAGUACCCCCCGCAAGGCCCUGAGCAUCCCCCAUCCUGGCUGCUGUGGGCCACAGAGCCUGACUGCAGAGUAAUCGGGCCUCACUGUGGGCAGUGGGGAGACCUUGGGGGUGGCCACCAGCUCUCACCUCUCCCUCAGGACCCAGGUUUGGGAGAGGUGUGCAGGGGCAGCGUGGGAUCGUGGGCCUGCCAGGUCGGGUAUAGAGGGAGAGGAGGGACUUUCCCCUCCCAGCCCCACCAGCCCCCCUCUGCCCAGCCACAAUUUUCCCUUCCUUCACUUCCUCCACCUCCCUCUCCCUCUCCUGUUUACACUUCCAAAAUAUGCACAGGCUGUUAUCAUGGGUCCUGAGUCAUCACACACACACACACACACACACACAGACGGCCCCAGCAUCCCUGCCCCAAGCCGGCCCCACCGAGCCCCCUGCCGCCCUGGGCUAAUGGGAGCCAGAUGGCCGCCUGGUGACUCAGCCACUGGCCUGUGGGAACCCAGGCAUCCCGCCUUCCCAUGCCCCCAUACCCAGCUCAGGCUCCCCCAGUAGACAUACGCAGGGAAGGGGCCAGCUGCUAGCAGGGGAGGACACAGGCCAUGUGUUGGAGAGGUGGGGCCCGGGGACCCCUCACUUCUGUGAGCCAGGCCUGAAGGACCCUCAAAACUGCCUUCUCCGGCGUGGAGCCCAGAGUGCCGGGGAGACCCCACGGACUCCUGGGGCCACAGCUUUUGACCCCCAGGCCUCGCCUCUGCCCUCUGGCUCAACUGGAAUUAGAGCCAGACACGAAGUGAGAGCUAGACAGAGGCCAAGGGAUGUUCAGACAGACUAUUAAAUAAGGAAACUUCCGGUUACUGAGCAGUUCUGUCCUGUGCCAGGCCCCAGCAAGGUGCCCGAUGCCGCACUGAAUCCUCCACACAGCCCCGCGAACGAGGGGCUCAGCUCCAUUCCGCUGUGGGUCACAGGAGGCCCAGAAAGGAGGUGUCACGUACUCAAGGCCACAUGGCCAUCAGAGAUGGAAACUCGGGUGUAGAAUCAUAAGUCCUGGAGACCACCUCCUGGCCUGCCUGUCCGCGCUCAGGGCCACACAGAGUAGACAGACGCACAGACUUCUUCAGGGGUAACGAGUGAAGGAGAGUUAGCUGUUGAGGAUAACGGCAGCUAACACCUUUGGGGCCCUCCUGGCGCGCUAGGCACUGUCCUUCCUAUGCACAGAUGGACGGCAUCAUCUAGUGUUUAGUACCUGAGUCACUGAACCAUCACAGAGGUCCCAUGCAGUAUAAACUGUCAGUACUGAUAGGGUGUCUCCCAGAGGAGGCCCAACGCGAUCCAGCCAGCUAGACUCACAGUUGGGAGAGAUGUUUGUCUCGGGUGCUUGUAUUGCUGCCCUCAAGUUGUGAGAGGUCUUUCAUAAUACAGGCAUCAGCCCUGGGUGAUGGGCACAUUUUUCAGCAGUCUGUCAUUUGAUCAUUAAAUUUGUGAUACACUG